AUGACUACAAGGGAAUUCCUAAUGGCAUUCAGAAGAUCUAUUUCACAGAAAGGAUCACCAGACAUUAUGAUAAGUGAUAAUGCGUUACAGUUUAAAGCUGCAAACAAAACGCUAGAAAAUGUUCUUCGAAACGUAGUACAUUCCGAAGAUGUUCAGAAUUAUGCUGCAAAUGCAAAAAUAAAAUGGAACUUUAUCGUCGAAGUUUCACCCUGGAUGGGAGGGUACUACGAGCGAUUGGUCGGACUGGUAAAACGAACUCUCCGGAAAACAAUCGGUUGUACUCUAGUUACAAACAUGCAAAUGCAAACAUUUUUGAAAGAAACAGAGGCUGUAUUAAAUUCUCGACCCCUCGUGUACGUCGAAGAAGAUAUAGAUUCAUGCAUAGCAAUCACGCCUGGACAUUUUCUGUCGUUAAACAGAAAUCUUGGUCUUCCAGAAACGGUCAAAAGAAACAAAAGUGACGAGGAAUACUUGCCUUUUGAAAGUUCUGGGAAAGAAAUUUUGAAGUUGUGGAAGAAAGGUCAUAGACUUCUAGAUUUCUUUUGGCAACUGCGGCGUAAUGAGUAUCUCCUGAGUUUGAGAGAAAGAACUCAAUCAGAAUUGAAAUCUGGAAAAGUGCAAUCAGCAGAAACACCUUUUAUCGGUGAGGUCGUCCUUAUAAAGGAAGAUUUACCCCGCGGAUGUUGGAAAUACGGGAAAAUAAUUGACUUGCCAAAGAGUUUUGACGGAAAAAUUAGAUCAGCAAAAGUGAUGGUGUCGUCAGGUCGAAUCGUUAAUCGACCUUUGAAUUUAUUAUUUCCACUAGAAACUGCACCAAAUACAAACAAAUCAACAGCAGGCAUUGAAACUCCUACGGGUCAUGAUAAUCUACAGUCAUUAAAUAGCUCCGCAAGAAAAUCGGAGCGAAAUGCCGCAAAAACUGCGAGAGAUAAAAUAAAACAAAUCUUUGACAAUUAA